CAACGUCAUCGAUCUGCCCUCCCAUGGUGCUGCCCCUCCCCUUCACGACGCGCGCGCACGCAUGUUCCAUGCCUCCUGUCUCCCGCCGGCGAGGGCCUUCUCCCCCCUAUAUACCCUAGACCCCCCCCCCACUCACCUCGGUACGUAGCGCGAGCCACCGACCCACUGCCGUAGAUGGAGGAGGCGGGGAGCGGCGGCCAUCUCGUGCCUCUCCUCGACGUCCACGGCGUCGGGGGCGGCGGCGGCUUGGACGCGUCCCUCCUGCGCCGCCUCUACGUAGGCCACUUCCUCGCCAGAUGGGGUGCACGUAUGUGGGAGUUCUCGGUGGGGCUGUACAUGAUCCGCAUCUGGCCGGGCUCGCUGCUCUUCGCGGCCGUCUACGGCGUCGUCGAGGCCUCCUCCGUCGUCGUCUUCGGCCCCAUGGUCGGCACCCUCGUCGAGAGGCUCACAUAUCUUCAGGUUUUGGGCCUAUGGCUGCUGGUUCAAAGCUUAUCCUUCAUCAUUGCUGGGGUUUCGGUAACUGGACUGCUUAUCUACGAUAACCUGAAAGAUACAAGCUUCCCUGUCUUCUUAGCUCUAGUCGUGGUGACUAACGUGUCGGGCGCGCUCGCGGCGCUCUCAACUCUUGCCGGCACCAUACUGAUCGAGCGAGAAUGGGUGGUGGUGAUUUGCGGCGGGCAUCCGCCGGCGGUACUGACGAAGACCAACUCGAUGAUCCGGAGGAUCGACCUGAGCUGCAAGCUGCUGGCGCCGGUCCUCUCCGGGUUCAUCAUCAGCUUCGUCUCCACGCAGGCCUCCGCGGUGGCGCUUGCCCUGUGGAACAUCGCCUCGGUGUGGCUGCAGUACUGGCUCUUCGUCUCCGUGUACAACGGCGUGCCCGCUCUCAGCGAGGACGUCCAGCUGAGGAGGGAGUCUACCGCAGCGCUGGUGGUGGCACCGGCCGACGAGGAGGUGCAGAGGUACGGCCAGGACGCGCCGGAUUGGAAGGUGGGUGUCACGGAGCGGCUCUCGAUCCUGCCCUGCUGGGAGUCAUGGACUGUGUACAUGAGGCAGGAGGUGAUGCUGCCAGGGGUUGCUCUUGCCAUCCUCUACUUCACUGUACUAAGCUUUGGUACGCUGAUGACUGCAACUCUGGACUGGAAAGGCAUCCCGGCGUACGUGAUCAGUCUGGCACGGGGGUUCAGCGCCGUCGUCGGGAUCGCGGCAACCUUGCUGUACCCGGUGGUGCACUCGUGGGUGUCCACGCUUCGUACAGGGCUCUGGUCCGUCUGGAUGCAGUGGUGCUGCCUGCUGCUUUGCGUCGGCUCCAUCUGGGUGAGCGACGGCGUGGCGUCGGCGUGGGUGCUCAUGGCCGGCGUCGCGGUGUCCCGCCUCGGCCUCUGGAUGUUCGACCUUGCGGUGAUGCAGCUGAUGCAGGACAGUGUCCCGGACUCGGACCGGUGCAUCGUCGGAGGGGUCCAGAACUCGCUGCAGUCCAUGUUCGACCUGCUCACCUACAUCAUGGGCAUCAUCGUCUCCGACCCCAAGGAUUUCAGCGAGCUGAUCGUCCUGUCCUUCCUGCUGGUGACCUGCGCUGCCCUCAUGUACACGCUGCACGUGUACCGCGUGCGGAAGCACCUGCUGCACAUGGACAAGAUCUUCGCCAAGAUGGGCUGGUGUGCAACCUUGCAAUAGUGGCCAGAGCAUGCUGGCAAUUAAGCUCAUGGUUGAUAUCAUCUUCUUCAGCCUUCCUUUCUUUCUGGGUGUAUAUAGUAGCAGGAUAAGGAACUCCUUACCUGGUUCGCCCUGAUAAGGAACAAGUGAGCUGCCAAAUAAUUGGCCCGGUGCUUGCUCGUGUAAAUUAAUCUUUGUUUUCAUAGUUGAUCUCAUAAAACGCAA